GAAGCCGCCGACGGCGCGGGCUGUUGGUCCCCGCGCGCAGGAGGCGCGGGCGGCCCACGGUCCAUGGAGCCUGGUGACGCGGCGCGCCUCGGCCCGGGACGGGCGGCUUGGGCGCUGCCACCGCGGCUGCUGCUGCUGCCCCUGCUCCCGCUGCUGCUGGGUCGGGGGCUGCGCGCCGCGGCCUCGGCCUCCUCUGGGGCGGCGGCUGUGGACAGCAGCGCCAUGGAGGAGCUCGCCACGGAGAAGGAGGCGGAGGAGAGCCACCGGCAAGACAGCGUGAGCCUGCUCACCUUCAUCCUGCUGCUCACGCUCACCAUCCUCACCAUCUGGCUCUUCAAGCACCGCCGGGUGCGCUUUCUGCACGAGACGGGGCUGGCCAUGAUCUACGGGCUCAUCGUUGGGGUGAUCUUGAGGUACGGCACCCCUGCCACCAGCGGUCAUGACAAGUCACUCAGCUGUACUCAGGAAGACAGGGCCUUCAGCACGUUAUUAGUGAACGUCAGCGGGAAGUUCUUCGAAUACACCCUGAAAGGAGAAAUCAGCCCUGGCAAGAUCAACAGUGUGGAGCAAAAUGAUAUGCUGAGGAAGGUAACGUUUGAUCCGGAGGUCUUUUUCAACAUCCUUCUGCCUCCCAUAAUUUUCCAUGCUGGCUACAGUCUAAAGAAGAGACACUUUUUCAGAAAUCUUGGGUCUAUUCUGGCUUAUGCUUUCUUGGGGACUGCCGUUUCCUGCUUCAUUAUCGGAAAUCUCAUGUACGGUGUGGUGAAGCUCAUGAAGCUCGUGGGGCAGCUCUCGGACAAAUUCUACUACACAGACUGUCUCUUCUUUGGAGCCAUUAUCUCUGCCACCGACCCAGUGACUGUACUGGCAAUAUUUAAUGAAUUGCACGCAGACGUGGACCUUUACGCACUUCUGUUCGGGGAAAGCGUCCUAAAUGAUGCUGUUGCCAUUGUCCUGUCCUCGUCUAUUGUUGCCUACCAGCCGGCGGGGCUGAACACGCAUGCCUUUGACGCUGCUGCCUUUUUUAAAUCAGUGGGCAUUUUUCUAGGCAUAUUUAGUGGCUCUUUCACCAUGGGAGCUGUGACGGGCGUUGUGACUGCUCUAGUGACCAAGUUUACCAAGCUGCACUGCUUCCCCCUCCUGGAGACGGCACUCUUCUUUUUGAUGUCCUGGAGCACCUUCCUUUUGGCGGAAGCCUGUGGCUUCACAGGCGUUGUAGCUGUCCUUUUCUGCGGAAUCACGCAGGCUCAUUACACCUACAACAACCUGUCGGUGGAGUCACGAAGUCGAACGAAGCAGCUCUUUGAGGUGUUACACUUCCUGGCAGAGAAUUUCAUCUUCUCCUACAUGGGCCUGGCGCUGUUUACCUUCCAGAAGCACGUUUUCAGCCCUGUGUUCAUCAUUGGAGCUUUUGUCGCCAUCUUCCUGGGCAGAGCUGCACACAUCUACCCGCUCUCCUUCUUCCUCAACUUGGGCAGAAGGCACAAGAUUGGCUGGAACUUUCAACACAUGAUGAUGUUUUCAGGCCUCAGGGGGGCCAUGGCAUUUGCACUGGCCAUCCGAGACACAGCAUCCUAUGCCCGCCAGAUGAUGUUCACGACCACGCUCCUCAUUGUCUUCUUCACCGUUUGGGUCAUUGGUGGAGGCACGACGCCCAUGUUGUCGUGGCUUAACAUAAGAGUUGGCGUCGAGGAGCCGUCCGAAGAGGACCAGAAUGAACUGCGCCGGCAGUACUUCAGAGUUGGUGUUGACCCAGAUCAAGACCCACCACCCAACAACGACAGCUUUCAAGUCUUACAAGGGGACGGUCCAGAUUCUGCCAGAGGAAACCGGACAAAGCAGGAGAGUGCAUGGCUCUUCAGGCUGUGGUAUAGCUUUGACCACAAUUAUCUGAAGCCCAUCCUCACACACAGCGGCCCCCCACUGACCACCACGCUCCCAGCCUGGUGUGGCCUGCUUGCUCGGUGUCUGACCAGUCCCCAGGUGUACGACAACCAAGAGCCGCUGAGAGAGGAAGACUCAGAUUUCAUCCUGACCGAGGGUGACCUCACCUUGACGUAUGGGGACAGCACAGUGACUGCAAAUGGCUCCUCGGGCUCCCACACAGCCUCCACGAGCCUCGAGGGCAGUCGGAGAACCAAGAGCAGCUCGGAGGAGGUACUGGACCGAGCCCUGGGAAUAGGAGACCAGCCGGUGUCCAGUCGGGGCACGCGCCUAGUGUUCCCCCUGGAAGAUAAUGCGUGACUGCCCCCCCACCCCCAGCCUGCAGCGAUGGGGCAGCCCACCCGUGCGGUGAGGAUGGCUGCAAGCCCAGGCUUGUCUGAGCCAGGGCACUGACUCAGUGGAACUAAUGCUUCUGUUUUAUUGAGGUCUGAAGCUCUCUUAACAUUUAAAAUUUAACCCAAGAUGCAGACAGUGGGGCUUAAGUGUGUCUACAUCAAGACAAAUGCAGACCCAUUCCCACUUUCUCACAUAGUAGUGUGCUGUUCCGAGUCAAACAAAUAGCAUGCUUUAACGGUCCAACUCAUUCACCUGCGGAAUCCAAGCCAGGCGCGGCAGGUGUGGGGAGGCCUCCCAGGAGAGGCUUUGGGUCCGUACGCAGCAGCGCAAGGUGAGCUGGCUGCAGGAGUAGCCAGGCAGGGUGAGAGCAGGCUGGAAGAACGGUCCCGAAGGAAGGCCACCGAGACCGGACCUCUAAAGGUCAUGGGAAGCCAGUGGUCAAUGGGACAGAGCUCAGGAGGAAGCAGUCGGUGCGGCAGCCCUAGCGCGGAUGGCUGCGGGACUGUGAACUCAUGUCAGGCUUCUGUACUUUUUGUGCUACCUGGGUUUCCUGUAGACUGAAGAUCGGAACUCUAUCCGUGAACAUUUCAACAUGGGGAAAGAAUUGGAAUUCCUUCUCUGGAAAUCUCCAGAAAGAAGUAGCUACUGAAAUGUUGAAAACCAAAGGCAAAAUUGUGUUGUACUGUUGGGUUUUUGGAAUUAAUCCGAGGACAGAAGAAACUGUUUAGAGACUGAUGAACGAAAAUCAGUCACUUCUUCAGGGCCACCACCGAGGUGUCUACUGUGGGGUUUAGGAAUAACACCAAAAUGUGUGGGAUGCUUCUCUCUGGGGACGAGAGAGCAGCAAGGAGCCUAGGAGGCAAUAGGCUAGUCUUCAGAGUUGGGGCAGGGGGAACACACUGCGAGAAAAGUUGACCAUAAAAGACAAGAUGCUGUUCUAAAGACAGAGUAGAAGUCCAAACUUUGAGCUACUAAAUGCAUGGGAUGUCAGUGGCUGGGUGAAGAAUGAGAGGCAAGUCAAUGGAAAAUUGAGCAUCAUUCAGUCCAGUGGACACUUAGUCUGCUUUAAGGUUAAGAAUCUAGAUGUCUUAACACCGAGUGCCAUGUAGAGAAGGGUCAUCUUCUUGGUAUCUGGGGAGGCUUGUACCAGCUUAAUGUGUGAGUAUGGUUUGAAAUCUAAGUGUUUAGUUUGGGUUCUUUGUGGAUGAGCUGUUCUGCGUGGUAACUAAAAUACUGAAAGAGCUCUUGGAAACCACAUUUGAGAUUUUCCCUGGGUCUCUAUGCUUCAGUGCUGGUCUCUUAGAAAGAAAAUCCAG